GGCCUCCACAUGCGCCUGUUCCCACGCUCUCUGGAUGCAUGAAUGACGCGCAUCUCGCAAGUCGCUCCAACCCCGCACGGCCUGCCCGCCCUGCCAGCAACGUUCCUGCGCUGCUGUUCAAGCGGCUGCUCCGCCCGUUCUAUUCGAGGUCGAGACCGACCUGCCGCCGGCGUGGCGCUCAGGGUGCUGUGCUUGCCGCGCUGCGUCAGCGGUGCUCCUGCUGGCGCGCCUCGAGCUCGAGGCGGGCCCCGUGCACGAGCGCCCGCACAAGCCAGCCAGGCCGCACCGCCCCGCCCAUAAGAAGCGCAGGCAGCACCUCGCUCCUGCCUCGUCUCCACCACACCCACUCAGCACUCCCACUUCUCAACUACCACCCCAAAUCCAUUUCACCAUGUCGCUCCUCCGUGCCUCGUUCCGCGCCCAGCGCGUCGUCGCCAUGCGCCCCGCCGCCGUGCGCGCCUACGCCAACGGCCCCAUCGACAAGGCCUUCAACCAGGCCGAGGCGUCGCAGGGCAAGGCGCAGGCCGAGUACGGCAAGCAGACGGGCAGCACCGAGCACCAGGUCCGCGGCAAGGCGCAGGAGCUCAAGGGCGAGGCCAAGAAGAUGGGCAACGACGCCGCAAAGGAGGGCGAGGGCAUCGUCGACUCGGCGUCCAACGCCUUCGGCAAGGUCGCCCAGAAGGCCAGCGAGCUGCUCGGCGGCGAGAAGAAGCCCUAAGCAACCCUCCGACGGCGACCUCACAACCGCUCUUCACGACCGCGCACUCCAGCAUGUGGCUCUCUGGCACUGAAACAAUGACUUGACCCCUA